AUGGAUAAAAGUAAAACGCCUCAAAACAUGGCAGCUACCAGUAUAUACCUUAGCUGGGCCGGCUGGUCCCCCGCAAAGUUAUUCGAGCCGCAGAGCACGACAAAUUCCGCUUUCCCCGGAACCAACACAUUUUUUGCAUUCUCUUCCUGCCUAGGAAGCUUCGGCCACGGGAGCUUCAGCCUUAUUUUCUUACUCAACGCGGUCGCCCUAGAUCCCCGUGAGACAUGCAUUUUACGCCCAAGCGAAAGAAGAUCCCCGUUUGCCUACACAAAGUUUUUCCGGAUCCUCGUUUCGUACCUGCCUUAA